CUUUCUCUAGAUUCUUUUUGCUUUCUCUCUCCUUCUUUCUGCGUUUCCAUGGCGAAAGGAGACGACAUAGUGACGAGGAAGAAGAGCAAAGCCAAUCGGAAGAAGCUCAACAGUCAGACCCAGAGUUCCUCCUCGGUUUCCGCGCGCGUCGCCGCCCUUAUCGCCGCCAAGAAGCGCCGCAAGUCCGGCACGCGCCGCAAAUGCCAGGGGAUGUGUUUUAGCGUUCCUACCCCUGACGAUCCCUUCAAUGACAGGCAUGGUAAAAAAGAUCUGGAAACAAAGGUAACCAGAAAAGUUAGGCCUUACAAAAAGGAUGAGAAGGCGUUUUCAAAGGAGAAGAAAGUACCUCCAUGCAAACCAACUCUUGGUAAAAUUGAUGCGAGUGUGAAUGACAUUGAUGACAAAGCUAAGGUUGCAAGUUUGAAGAAUGAAAAGAUAUCGUUGAAGUCUAUCAAUGAUGUGGUGCUAAGAACAAAGACUCAGUUCAAUGGGAAUGAAGGUGUGCGUGAUCACCAAGAACAGGACUUUGAAAAUUCAGAAUGUCCAUCUAAGUAUCUUAUUAUGUGCUUGAAUGAAAUAGAGAAUGCACUGCGUCAUGAUGACACCCACACUGCCGAGGAGGACAAACCUUUGUUUGUUAGUACUUGGGGGAUUGAGUUUUGGAAAUGUUAUUCAGCUGGAAAGGAUAUAUUAGAGACAAGCGUGUCUUCUACUGUAGAGCAAAUUUCAUGGAUUGUUUGCAGUGCUGCUGACACUAUUUCAAGAAAGGAGGAAGAAGGUCUAUCAUAUUCCAGCCCAUUUCUUUUGUUUCUUGUGCCAUCCCAAGAGAAAGCUGUGAAGGUACGUUCAGUGUGCAAACCUUUGAAAGUUCAUGGAAUACAUACAGUGAGUAUACAUCCAGGUGCUUCCAUAGACCACCAGAUUCAAGGGUUGAAGAAUUGCGAGCCUGAGUUUCUCAUAUCAACACCUGAGAGACUUUUGGAGCUUAUUUCUCUGAAGGCCAUUGAUAUAUCUGGGGUCUCUUUAUUGGUUGUUGAUGGAUUGGAUGCUGAUCGCAAACAAGGUUAUGUUGAUAGCAUAAAAGCCAUUACGCAGUCUCUAUCGGAAAACACUCGUCGCUUGGUCUUCAAUGAUUGCUUUAGUCCUUCAUGUGUCCCUGUGUUGCAAGAUCUUCUACUGGGACGAGCCUAUAAAUUAUCAUCUAUGAAUGAUUCUCUUACCGGUAAAAAGAUCUAUUCGGCAGAACGGAAACUAGCAGAGGUACCGAAAUUAACCCUCUGACUGGAAUGUGUUGAAUUUAACAACAGAAUGAAGCAUCCAGUCUCUAUAAGCAAUAAUUGAAGUUCAUUCAACUGAUUUAGCGGAGUAUGAACUUGCGCUCGAUUUUUUCCCCCUCUGGCAAUAGACAAUUUGCCUUGGAAACCUCACGAAGAUGACGAGUGAACCUGCCAAUAGAGCAUUUCAUCAUAUUAUAAUCGAUGAAAAGAUUCGGUAGUUGCUGACCGUUGAUUGAAAGAGCGCUGAAAACAUGCCUCAAUUCAAAUUCACUUUUUUUUUUUUUCCUUUUCUUUUUUCAUACUGCUUGUUUAGCGUUGCAAAGGAUGCAUAAUUGUGCAUGGUCGGAAUUUGAUGCGUGUUAAAGCUCGUUGAGUCCUGUAUCCAGUGAAGUUUUAUAGAUUAUAUAAUUGAUUAUUGUAUGAAAAAAUUAAUGCAAGAA